CAGCAGCAGCAGCUCGGACUGACGAUGGAGGCGGAAACACUGAUGGAGCUGCAGUAGCAGAGAUGCAUUAGAAAGGAUGCUGCGGCUGCUGUGAGACAAACCAAGCCGUGUUUAGCCUGUGUCAGCUGCAUCUGCCGUGGAUGUUUUCCCGAUGGGUUGCGGAGGAAGUCGGGCGGACGCGAUCAUCGAGCCGAGGUACCAUGAGAGCUGGACCAGAGAAACGGAAUCGACGUGGCUCACCAACACGGACGUGGAGACCUCUCUGCCAGUAGCAAACAGUAAAGCUCUGGAGGCCAGUCUGAGGGAGAAGAGGAUGGUAAACACAGGCACCCAGUGUGGGAAGCAGGCCCUCACAUCUACUGGCUCCAACCACCAGAGGAGACCCAGACGCUCCUUGAGUGAACAAACCACUCGUGAGUCCAAAAGGAGGGCAUCAAAAGAGGCCGGUGGUUUGUCUAAGGAUGGGCAGCCCGUCAGUAUCAACAGCAGUGGAGAUGCUGAACCUGGGAACGUGUGUGAUGAAAGAUGAAGAAAAGCCUCAGUGGAGAGGAAGAUGGCCUGAGCUUUGAAAA